AUGGAGCCGCCGCGGGGCCCAAGGAAGCCUCUGUCAGGGAGGAGAGCCAGGUCUCUGGACAGGCUGCAGAACCCCCAGAAGGAUUCAGAGUCGCGGGACUGCUGGUGCAUUUCCCGGCCCACCAGCCCCUCCAGAAGGCUGCUGCGCCGGACGGCCAGCGAUGGGGCCAAAUGUCCCAAGAGCCCAGCUCAGUCUGCGGAGGCUCAGCGCACCACGGCUGCAGCCCUCAGCCCAGAGGAGACCAGGAAGUUUCUCCCCAGUGAGCAGAGGCCUCCGCAGGACACCAAGAAGGACAAGGCCCAGGGUCGGGCCCAGCAGGGGUGGCUGAAGACCAUGAUGAACUUCGUAUUUGGGACGAGCCCUGAGGAGCCCAAGGAAAAGACCAACAAGAGGGCCAAGGGGAAGGAGGGCUUCCCCGAGCCUGCAGAAACCCCCGAGACACCGGGCGACCCAGCUCCCAGGAAGAAAGCCCACAGCAAGAAGGCCAGCCGCAAGAAACACGGUCACAAGAAACAUGGUGCUGAGGAAACCAAGGGCAUCCGAGAUCAGGAGGCCAAAGGGCAGGAGGCCAAGAUGGCUGGUGCCUCAUGCUGCGAGGAGGCUGAUCUGGGCCCAGCAGCUGGGGGUGGAGGUGCUGGAGUCCGGAAGGUUUCUUCCCAAGCCACAGGUCGCCAGGGAGAAGAGGAGCUCGGAAAGCCUGACAAGGAUACCAUCAUCCAGAAGAUAGCGGGAUUUCUCAAAAAAGUGGGAGACCAGUGGGAAGAAGAGCAGCAUCAAGCCUCUCAGCCAGAGGUGGCUCCUCAAAACCCAGCACCAGGCUUCAGGAAGAAACCCCAAGAGAGAAAGUCUAGCCUCAAGAAAGCCUUUUCUCAUAAGAAACAUGGUUUUGAGGAGCCCAAGAGAGCACAGGCUGCAGAUGUUUCCAGCCCAGAGUCCCGGCCGCCCAAGAGGCCCAGCUUUCUGCCCCUGUGUGUUGGUGGCCAUCGACCCUCCAGCUCCAGCAGCCCAGGUGUGGAAAAACCUGAAGUCCAAGAGACUCUGUCUACAGAUGGUGGGGAUCCAAGUCCCUUCGAGCUUUCCAACCCAGCAGGAAGCCGGGGACCCGAAGAGGACCUGCAGCUGGACAGAGCCUCGGAAUUCAAGGAAUUUAUCCAGGAGAUCAUGGACCUACUCCAAGAUGCAGAGGAGCAGGGGGGAGACAAGCAACUUCAAGUCCAGGAGGCACAAGUGGCUGUAGGAAACCUGGCCCCAACCUCCAGGAAGAAAUCACAAGAGAAAAAGUCCAGUUUCAGAAAAGCCUUUUCUCAUAAGAAACAUGGCUUGAAGGAGCCCAAGAGAGGGGCUGCUGCAGGUGCUGCCAGUCCAGAGUCCCGACCGUCAAAGAGGCCCAGCUUUCUGCCCCUGUGUGUUGGUGGCCAUCGACACUCUAUCUCCAGCAACCCUGAUCCGGAGGAUGUGGAGUUCCAGGAGUCCUCGCCUGCAGAAGGGGGGCCAGUUGGAUCCUCAGAAGCACCCUCCCAGGCCAGAAGCCACAAGCCAGAAGCAGGACCUCAGCCACAUGGAGCAAAUGAAUCUAAGGAGCUGAUCAUCCAGAAGCUGGUGGCCCUUCUCCAAGAAGUGGAUGGCCAGUUGGGGGAGCAGUUCAGGCAACACCCCAGCUUUAAGAAGUUUUUCUACAAGCUCCCAGACUCUUCCCUCAGAAAGCUCGUAGCCACCCUGCGCCCCCAGGAGGCCCACUCCACGGAGCCCAAGAGACCCUACCCGUUUGUCUUUGGCUUGGCUAACAAACGUGCUGGCAGCAAUCACCAAGCCGUCCUCAGCCUCACGGGCCUACACUACAGGCGACCGAGUUUUAGCCAGUUCCCAUACAGGGAGGACCAGCAGAAUGACACAAAUCCUCAGAGCCAGAGUCCAGAUUGAAAGCUAUGCUUUGCACUCAAGUUCCCUGAAUUAUCCAAACAUCGGCGGCUUUAGCCAGAAG